CGGAGCGGGCGUCAUGCAGGAGGUGGAGUAGUUGCGAGGGGAGCAGAGGAGGAAGAUUUAUCAAUCGCAGCAAGCAGCUUGCCAUCGUUCUCUGCAAGUCAUACUUGCCGGAUGAAGCUGUCUCCUCGUCAGACUCUCUGAGCAUCACUACUCUCGUCUCCUUGUCGACGUACAGAUGGUGUACCGAAACUUUAAGGCGGAGAACUGUAUUUACGCGUUGGUUCUGGCAUUGCAAAUUGAGUUUUCUCAACCCUUCCAAACGAAUCUUGUGAUAUGCAAGAAAUUUCUCUCUCGCCCCCUUGGCUUGGGCAUAUCUGGCCUCUCGUCUCUUUCCAUCGCGUCUUCUCGGUCUAUCGCGUCGAUGACUCUAACUCAGACUGAAAGUUCGAUCCAAAAUGAAUUACUUCUAGCUUUGAGUCGAGAAACCAACUCGCUGCAAUCCACAAUGGCAUCACUAGAAGUGGAAAGGUCACAGGCUCUCAAAAGACUCGAAGAGAACAGCUUGAACGAGGAGCUUUUUCCACUCCCUUUAUCGCUGCUCAAGGAACAGUCCUUCCAAAUGUUGCAUACUUCGAAAGUACCGGGAGACAAUAUCAUGUUCAAUUUGGACGUGGAAUCAAUUGAUUUCGGAUGCACUGAAGUGGUGAUUGACGAAGUGAAUCAAGAAGAUUUGGCGCGUUUAAAACAUGAAGUGGAGAAGCUCACUGCACAACAUAGAUCAAACCUUGCUUGGAUCAGAUUUUUGCGAAGUACAGAGAGAAAGUCUCGAAGUCUAUGACGUCACGCGGAUCCUUUCAUUAAAGAUACACAAAAAGC